GUUGAUAAUGAUAAAUUGAAAUUGAUACCCUUUGUACCUUUUCUUUUUUCUUAUUGUUUAAUAAUGUAAUGACUGGUCUGAAAUAAUUUAUCAGAGUCACCGAAACGGCGAUGGCGCCGAAGUUGUUAUCGGGUAAACGACAGAAAGAAGUCGAAAAUCAUGGAGGAGUCACCGAUCGGAUGAGUAGUUUACCGGACUCUGUACUGUGCCACAUCCUAUCGUUUCUCCCAACCAAAACAUCCGUCACUACCACGAGUCUCGUGUCUCGCAGGUGGCGUCACCUAUGGCAGCAUCUGCAGGUUUUCUACUUCGCCCACGACUCGGGCGAAUCAGUCCAAGGAUCUAAAAAGUUCGAAAAAUUUGCAUUUUUCGUGAAUGCCGUGCUCGCCUUCCGCAAAUCCCGCGACAUUCGAAAGUUUGAACUCAGCUGUGACAUUCAAUGGUCGAACCAUCGUUGUGACUGCGCCGAGAUGUGGACCCGUGCUGCCAUUAACCCCUAUCUUGAAGAACUGACUCUCUCAAUGAAGAACUGUUUUAACACGGAACCCGUGCUCCUCCCUCGUUCACUUUUGAAUUGCACCAAUCUUGUUUCCCUCAGUCUUGUAGGUGAUAUCCGAAUGAAUGUUCAAGGUUUUGGGGUUCGUUUUCCAUCACUUAAGAGGCUCAAACUCGAUGCAGAUAUUGUCGAUUCCGAAAUUGUCUUGCUCUCUGCCUGCCCCGUCCUUGAAACUUUGCAGCAUAAUUACUUUCGGCCUGGAACUUGGGCCAAACAUCAUGUGCCACCUUCCUCCCAGAGGUUGAAUUUCACCGAUGGGAGUUUCUCUUGGACUUUUCUUGAAGUAAAACGGUGGGAAUUAUUGGGCAUCAUUGGCAACUUGCAGAGUAUGGUGGAAGCAUGCAUUGACUUCUUUCCCGCACAAAUAACUGAAUCUGCCGACCCUAUUCUCAACGGCAUCCGAGACCCCUUUAAUGGGUUAGAUAUACAGUUGCAUCAUUCGACAUCAAAGCAGUGCUCGCUCCACCCUCGGAUUCUAAAUUAUCCUGAAUUUCGCAAUUUGAUUCAUCUAAAGUUCAUUCUUCCCUGUUUCAACACAAAUCUUCUAGUCAAUGUGCUUGACAAGUGUCCUCUGAUUGAAGUUUUAAUAAUCCAGAGCAACAAGGAGGAACAACCACCUUUAAGGACAUGGGACCCAAAGUCAACAGCAGUUCCUAAGUGUAUCAUAUGCAGUCUAAGUUAUAUUCACAUAGAAGGAUAUCAAGGAUUUGAAGAUGAGUUGACAUUUGCUGAAUAUAUUUUGCGGAACGGAUAUGUUUUGGAGACAAUGCUUAUUUUUGUUGAUGCUUCAAUGGAACAAACAAAUAAGUACUGUUCUCUCAAAAGAUUAACUGACACACCAAGGAGAUCCAGAAGGUGCCAACUUAAAUUUGACCCAGCUAUAUCUUCUUAAGUGUGUAUUUGGGGAGCAAUGAUUUCGGAUGCUGGCAGAAUCAUGUUUGGUCAAAUGCUUGGGGAUUCAUUAAAAAGAUGACACUGAUAUCAAAACAUAUAAAUAUGUAUUUUGCAUUUUAGUUAGGAAGGUUUUUUGGUUGGCUAGUAUCAAGACAUGGUAUGUAAAAUGGUCAUACCAAUUUUGUUGAAAAUCGUUGGGUUUUUGAGUCACUUGUUUAGAGUGACUAUUUAUCUGUAUCUGUUUGAAGUUUGCUGCAUAAUUUGAUAACAAGAAUUUGAUUUUCUUUCC